ACAAUGGACGGUGCAAUACAAAUGUCAGAACACAUUGCAUUGUAGCCAGUAAAAUAUAAUUCAAAUGUAAAACAGGAUUUAUUCACAUGUCCCCUGCCCUUUCUAAAUGGAAGAACACCAAUAUCUAGAUUAUCUUUAAAGUCCUCUUCAGCUAUGAUCCAAAACCAGUUAAGCACCCCUGCCUCCUGCUUCCACUGUUGGUGCCAGACCUGUGUUUGUACUAAUCUCAGCCAAUGUGGCUUUAGGAGCAUGUAUUUGCCAAGGCCAUAUGGGCUAACUUCUGCCGUCAUUUGUUUGUGUGUCCCCCGCCCAUGUCCAUGGUUCUGAAGGAGGCUAAAAAGGCUACAGUUCCAGUGAAGGAAGGAAGGCUGGCUGGCUGUCAGGCCUUCGUAACAUGCAUUUGUAACAUGUCCUCAAACUUUGUAGGACAGCAGGUGCUUGGUCGGCUGUCUUAGACUGAACCGGAGAAUCACGAAUCCUAGAAAAACCUAUUCAUAUUGUCUUCCCUGUGGUGAUCAGUGCCAGAUUACCAAAUAGGCAGAGUAAGCACCAUCUUAUGGGCCCUACAACAAUGGGUCAAAAUAAUAUUGAUUUGAUGUUGAAAGAAAAUUACAACCAAGCUUUCUUAGUUCAAAGUGAGGGCCUCCGCCCCCCCCGAGAUUUCGACUGCCUAGGGGCCUCCACAGGGUUUAAUCUGGCACUGAUUUGGGUUGCUUACCCACCUCUGGAAGACAAGAGAAAUGAAUGAGGAGCAAAUGGCUGGGCCGGACCUAUGUCUCUACAGAUAGCGGGGGGCUGGUGUGUGAUGGUAGGAAUUCCUAGUUCAAAAGAUUUUGAGAGAGCCUUGCUUUGCCUUUGCAGCCAUGCAGGACUGCACACUCCUGACUGGAUGACCAGCAUGUUUCUAGCAGCUGAAGCAUCUCGGCCUGCGCUGUUGUUCUGGUCUCAAGCCCUCUUCUGCCUCCUCUUCUGCGCCCCUUCCGGUUGUUGUACCUCCUGCCCAGACCAGUGCCAGUGCACCAACUACUCGGGGGCCACAGCUGUUCUGUGCAGUGCUAGCAACCUAGAUGAAAUUCCAAAAGAUAUUCCCAAGGACACCAUGUUUUUGAAACUGGAUGCCAAUAAGAUCACCUCUGUCCCUAACAGCACAUUCAGGCACCUCGCCCACUUGCAGGAGAUAGACCUCUCCAAAAAUGCCAUUGAGAAGAUUGAUUCUGCAGCGUUCAAAGGGGUUGCCGAUGGCUUGCGGCUGCUUGACCUCUCUGGCAACCACAUCCAGAGGAUCCCAAAGGAAGCCCUGGUCAACUUAAAUGCCAUGAUCCGCCUGUCCAAUAACCCCUGGCACUGUGAAUGUACUCUGCAGGAAGUCUUGUGGGAAGUGAAACUAGACCCCGAUUCAGUCAACGAGAUCACCUGCCAGACAUCUGUGCAAGAGGAGUAUGCUGGGAAACCACUGCUCCAUAUCCUCGAUUCGGGCAUCAACUUUUGCAACAUGCACCAGAAAACCACGGAUGUCGCCAUGUUUGUUACCAUGUUCAGCUGGUUUACUUUAGUCAUCAGCUAUGUGGUGUACUAUGUUCGGCACAACCAAGAGGACACAAAGAAGCACCUGGAAUAUCUGAAAUCCCUGCCUAGCACAAGGGUCCCUAAAGAGACCAUCAGCACUAUCCUGUAGCCAGGAAUGUUGAUCCUUGGCUGGACUUCCAGUUUUCUAUGUAGGAAAGAACGUUGGGAGGGACUUGGGACAUUUAUGUCCAACUAGUUCUGCAACAACUUUUUUUUUAACAAAAACAAACCAACAGUUUAAUAGAAAAUGAAAACUUGUUAUAUAAAUAUAGGAAGAGUGUCCAAGCCAAGGUUCCCAUGUUCUGUGCCAUAUUACCAGCAGAAGGAUUCCAGCAGAAACUAGAGAUAAGGAGAUCUGCUUUCUAGGAGAACUUUAGGACAAUGGACGGUUGUUGUGAGAUGUUUACAAUCAGGAUUUGAUUCUGUGGGAGAGACCCCAAAGCCCUGCAGUGUCUAGAACUCGGUGGCACCGAAAAUGCUUUUGAUUUCAAUGGGAAGUAUGUACAUGGUUGACCUUUACUUGAUUCUUUGGGACACUGCAAACACUCUCUCUCAGGAGUUUUUGGAACGACACAAAGUCCUUUCUCUCAAAUUGGUAAAUUGUGCAAGCAUGCACACGUAUAGAUUCAUGUACAUGAGCAGGAAUUAUGUUUGAUGUAAGCGUGCUUGUGUUGCAAAGCUGAAGAGGGUAUGUGCUUCCUUUGGGCUUACGUAUUACAUGGCAUUUGGAGUCUGCACCUCUUCACUCUCUGUUAGGUUACUAACCUAUUUUCAUGGUGACCACUAUUAAGAUGAGCAUUGAAAAUAAUCAGAGAGGACAAUUUUAAGCAUAUAUUAUGUAACAAACAAGCCUGAGCAGGCUUCUUCCACAGAAAGGGAGGAAGGAAGCACGUGACCGAAAAUGCUUAUUUCUAAAUAUGCCUCUUUCUCAUAUCGCAAACCCACCACCCUUCCUCAAGGAUGGUCCUAAGAUGUAGCUGGUGCUGGUAUUUAGUAAGGCGGAAAAGUAGGGUAUGGAUUAUAUGUAAACUAAACAAAAAUUAGGGGGCACAUGGCAGUGGCAAGUUGCUACACUCAACAAGUCUUUCCAGCUGACAAAAAUUCCUAGGCAAUGCAGCUCAUUUGCUGAAACAAUAAACAGUAAGGAAAUAAAAUUUCAAGUGGUUCCUCAAACUGUUAAAAUAAUCUCAGCUGCUGCAGUAUUCAAAGCUCCAGUACCCUUUUUAGAAAAAUGGGUAUAGCUACAUGCAUGCUUGUUGAGACUAUGUUUCUACAGCACACACAAUCCAGUUUAAUAGUACUCUGGCAAUUAACAGCCAAAAUAAAAAAGAGGGAUAACACAGUGCCAAAAGAACAGGAUCUUAGGGUCUCUUUCAGAUGAUCCCUUUAUGCACAUUUGCUAUUCAGCUGUUGUGCCCAUGACUUCCUCAAGGUUGGGUUGCAGGGAUAUCUCUCAGCCCAACACUCAGAACUGCUAUGUCACAUUACUGGCGGAACACAAAUCAUCCUUCUGUUAGCACACACAUUGCUACUGGGAUGUCCUUGUAGUAUGCAGUUGUGUAUCACAGACAACUUGUGCCUGUGACAUCACUCAUGACGCAUUACACAAAUGCCUGUUUUGUGAACUUUAUAUUGGGUGGCUGUGUGCUCUUUGGGUUCCAUUGCCACCAUAGUGGAGUGCUCAUCCUGUGCUACUUUAAAAAGGAAUGUUUGGACUUCUUCACACAUUGCUUUUUCAAAAAAGGUUGGCACUGUCUAAGAUUCCCUCACCUGACCAUUUGCUCUUUAGUUUCAGGAGCACUGCUACUGCUGCUGCCUAUAAAGAUUUUUAGAAAGAUUAAAAAACAAUACAGUCCCUGCCUAUAGGGUGCAUUUGAAAAAAGGGGAUGGGCAUAAAACAGCAAAUUAAGCACUUUGAGGCACUUUCAGAAUUUACACUAAUGUUUAAUGACCAAGUGGAGUGGCUAUUAAGAGAGUGUUCCGGAAAUGGAGAAGCCAAUUGACAGUUUGUCAUAGCCAAGCUGAAGAAUGGAGUGGAUAUAUUUUACUGGAUUUUAUUUGUCUACGGUCAUACUUCAGGUUGCGAACGCUGUGGGCUGUGCGUUUUCGGGUUACAGACCAGGCCGAACCCUGUAGUACUGGAACGGGUUACUUCCAGGUUUCAGCGCUCGCGCAUGCACAGCAACACAAAAUGACGUCACAUGCACAGACGCGGCGCUGCGGGUUGCGAACAUGCCUUCCGUACAGAUCACGUUCGCAAUCCGAGGUAUGACUGUAUUUACUGUAUUUUUCUGUGUAUAAGACGCCCCCUAUUUUGGGGGACUCCAAAUUAAGAAAACACCCCUCAGCACUACCCAUGUAAAAGAUGAGCCCCACUUUUAAACCUAAUUUUGUGGUAAAAAACACACACCCUAGUCUUAUACACAGAAAAAUACAGUAAUUUUCUUGCUGAGUGUGACUAUCCCCCCCCCCCCCCCCGCAGAUACAGUGCUGGAGCACUCCUACUGCACAUUUUUAAAGAAGUUGUAUAUCCUUUAAAAAAGUGAUAUCCUUUCCCUGACAAGAUGAUUACCUGCAUCCAUUAUACAUAAGGAUGACAUAUUAUGCUGUUGAUGCUGGAUCAGAGCUAAUGCAAGCACAAUGGAUAAAAUCUGGUAUGUUGUGUGUGUGUGUUUAUUGUCUGGAAAACAGUCGUACACAUUAUGCUGAAGCUUAAAUCAGG